GUAGCUCACGAUCAUCAUGAGACUUGAUUUAUCAAUAGUAGCUGCAGGAUUGUUAGCUAGUACAUGCCAGGCAGGAUCACCAUUCUUUAUAGCGUCAACUGAAGCGUCAUCUGGGAUAGACAGAAUGAGGAAUCCUAUUAGCAGUAAUGAUAUAAAGCAACUAUCGAAAAAUGAUCUUUGUGAUCUAGAUACCGUCGUUGUUAUUGAGCAACCAACUCUUCAAGAGAGCGACCUCCAGAGAUUUACUAGCCAAUUCGCUUUCUAUGAAUCAUCAUACAGCAUCUCAGAUGCUUUAUCACAGCCAUCGGAUGUCGCACAGUUGAUUUCUAGGACAUGCAAGUCGAAAGUUCACAACUAUAAAGAGAAUGAUUCAGUAUCGAGUGAUAAGAAGUCAGUCAUAAAUGUGAAAGGAACAGCGAAAACGCUCGAUGGUUUAUCAGAAUCAAAGCGUAAAGAGUAUAUAAAUAAGCUACUACAUAAAUUACCAUUAUCGACCAUACAAACAAGAUUCCCUAAUCACGCUCUAAUAAUUACAUCCCCAGCUAUUGGAUUCAACUACUUCACGACGCCUUUACUAUCAGCCUUGUUCAUUAGUUUCGGUAUUUUGACACCAAUAUUGAUAUUCGCUAUUAAGGCGUUAUUAGCAAUCUCACCUACACCAAAGCAAUCAAACACGACGCUUGCUCAGAUGCCGCCAAGCUCUUUAACAGAAAAGAAGAACAAGUAG